AUGGCGUGCGGCACAGGGGACCUUGCAGCUGUUCACGAUUACCUAGGUACUCCGUCCAUAUUCUUUGACGCUGCGGCGCAGUCCGUCGAAUCGACACAGAAAACAAAACCGGUUGGCAUGUUCAUCAAAACUUGCAGACUACCUGCGAGGACGUUGACGUGUCCGACUCUACCAUCGGCAAGCCGAGUUGCUGGCCCUGAAUUGUGGACGAGGAUGAGAGAAAGUGAUGAGCUGCAAUGCUUGCAACGCAUCAACCCUGUGAAUAAAUUAGGGCCCACUAUGCUCUCGAUUCCUCGCGCUGCUACUGUAUACGGUAUCCCUCUGUGGUUCAUCAUCAGCAUUUUCAUCCCAAGAAGGAGAGUUUGCAACGCGUAUACAAAUGUUUGGUCUGUCCACAGCCUUCCGGCGGCGUUCCAACGUCCCAUACCAGCGUCCGAGCGCCUGACCCACUGUAAGCCAGGGCCGUAG